AUGAGCGUGGCUACGCAUCCUGCAGUUAUAGCGCCUGGUAUCAAGCAGCCCUUAAAAAUCGAGCAGAUUACCACCCCAAACGUCCAACCUUCGGAGGUCCGCAUUCGUGUAGAAUGGGUCCCAUCAGCCCCCCUAGAUGUCUUCCAGGUUGAUGCGGGAUUGAUGGCUUCAUUCCCACAAAGCCUUGGUGACACUGCCGCUGGUACGGUGACAGCAAUCGGCAGUCAAGUUGACCAUCUCAAUGUUGGCGAUAAAGCAUUUGGGUUUUUCUUCCACAACGAGAAGGAGAAGGCUCAACAGAUUUAUGCUACAGUUCCCAAACACCUACUUGGUAAAGUCCCGGAGGGCGUUUCUCUAAAAGAAGCGGCAACUCUGCCAAACAACUUCUGUACCGCAUUCAUUACCCUUCGUCGAAACCUUGGUAUCGAUCUCCCGUGGCCUCAUGAAGAGGAGUUCGUUCCUAGCGAACAGCAUGCUCCCAUCCUUGUGUGGGGAGCAUCCACUUCCGUUGGUCAAUACGCAGUACAGAUCUUGAAACAUUGGGGCUAUAGCAAUGUCCUUGCCACAGCCUCUCCGCGCCAUCAUGAUAAGAUCAAACGUUACGGUGCGAGGCAAAUGUUUGAUUAUCAAGAUAGCACUGUGGUCGAGUCAAUCAAACAGUUCCUUGAAGCGGAGGAUGGACAAAGCCAAAUCCGUGUCUUUGAUUGUGUGGACUCCAAGUUUGGUUCACUACGUCCUAUCUCGAAGAUAGCAGUCCAACCUGGGUCGGUCGUAGCUGCCUUACUUCCAGUUGUUAUCAACGCCCCAUCUGUGAAUCAAUCCGAUCCAAGCAUUGAACUAGCUUUUGAUGUAUCCACGGCAGCAGAUUGGGCACACGGAGUCGAAGUACACAGCAUCGCAAGCUAUGGCUACGAGGAGGAUGCUUUUCUAAGAGAUCAUCUCCAACGCGAUAUCAUGCCUACACUGCUUGGAACAGGUGCUAUCGAACCGAACAGUCAACGGGUAGUUGAGGGGAGAACGCUUCUUGAAAGGGCCACGAAGGCCUUGGGUAUUAUGAGAAGUGGGACAGUCAGCGGAGAGAGGCUGGUUUGGAGGGUUUGGACACCCGAAGAGUUCCCUGAGUUUCAGUAG